GUAGCAUUUAAAAUUAAGAGCGCGCGCUUUAAUUAGUACGGAAUAAUCAUCCUCAUAAUCAUAUUGUGAAUUCAGAGCUAUGAAUUUCGUAUUCGCCGCUUCUCUGUUCGUCGCCGCCAUUUUCGCUUUCUGCAGUUGCGCAGCUCUCAAGCAAGGAGAAACUUGCGUCUCCAAUGACUCGUGCGGUGCCGGGCUUCAUUGUGAGAGAUGCAUUGCGGAGGCCAAUUCUGUGCCCAGGUGUGCUCGCAUUCAACCGGUUAAUCCAUUCUCCAAGGUCAAGGGGUUGCCAUUCAAUCGGUAUUCGUGGCUGACAACACAUAACUCAUUUGCCAAAGCGGGUAUGAAGUCAAGCACAGGACACUUCCUUGUGACAACACAUAACCAGCAGGACUCCAUUACUGAACAACUGAAUAACGGCGUAAGGGGUUUGAUGCUUGAUAUGUACGAUCUGAACAAUGAUAUUUGGCUGUGUCAUUCAUUUGGAGGAAAAUGUCACAACUACACUGCUUUUCAACCUGCAAUAAAUGUCCUUAAGGAGGUUAGAGUGUUCCUUGAAGCAAACCCUUCAGAAAUUGUCACCAUUAUAAUUGAAGACUAUGUUGCAAGCAAAAAUGGAAUAAGCACUGUUUUUAAUGCGGCUGGCCUGGGGAAGUUCUUGUUUCCUGUUUCUCUGAUGCCUAAAAAUGGCGGUGAAUGGCCAAUCAUUGAUGAUAUGGUCCAGCGUAAUCAACGGCUAGUGGUUUUCACUUCUAAGUCUGAAAAAGAAUUUUCAGAAGGCAUUGCUUAUACAUGGACAUACUUGGUAGAAAAUAAAUAUGGGGAUGAUGGGAUGGUAAAUGAAUCAUGUACCAAUCGUGCAGAAUCACCUUUGCUGAACUCGCUAACUAGGUCACUAGUUCUUAUGAACUAUUUUCCCAGUGCGCCAGAUGUUUCUCAAGCUUGCAUACACAAUUCAAGACCAUUGAAGAGCAUGAUGUAUACUUGCUUUGAAGCUUCCGGCAAAAGAUGGCCCAAUUUCAUUGCUGUUGAUUUUUAUAUGAGAAGUAAUGGAGGGGGCGCCCCAGAAGCUGUUGAUGAGGCAAAUGGUCAUCUAGUCUGUGGCUGUGCAAACAUUGCAUAUUGCAAGGACAAUAUGAGUUUUGGAACAUGCGAGAUGCCUCAACCGGACAUUUCUCCAGCUGAAAUGCCAGGUUCAGGAGAAACAAGCCUUGCAAAUCUGGAAAGAAUUUCAAUUGCGUUGCCAUGGCUUCCCAUGAUGUGGUUAUUGUCUCUUAUCAUGUGGGAAAGAGAGAAACACUCGAAUCUGGCGUGGCGAAGCCCCCUCUCUUCUUCGUACAUGGGAUAAAUUUUUGAGGAAUGGUGGAGCCUUGUUGGACAACAAUUGAAGGCAAGAGUGGGGUGCCUAGUGGGGGUCGCAGGUUGCUGGACUAGACUGCAACAUGAUUUUUUAAAGGGUAAUGUGAAGGAUUAUGCUAUGUGCACCCCAAGAUUUAUACCCUAGUUUGUACCCCGCAGUUUUGCACCAACAUUUUGUGUUGGUGUAAAACUAAUUUUUGUUAACGCACCAACAUUUGUGUCCAUGUAAACUUUUAUUAACGCACCAACACUUGUGUCGGUGUAAACCAUCAAAAUGUUUGUGCAAAACUGUGGUGUAUAAAUGGGGUAUAUUUUU